AAUAUAAUCUAGUCCACUGGCUCGCCAUUCCAUGGAAGUGGCAUCCAGAAUUCAAGGUGUAACCAACUCCGCUUUCCCUUAUAGACCACUUUCAUCACAUCUAGUUUUGACCCAUCAACCAAAUCUAUUGCGGAAAAUUUUUCACGGCAUUGGAAGGAGACGGUUCAAGUUUGCACCAAGCACAUAAUAGAGGUGAGAAGGAUUGCAUCCAGCUAUCAUAUAAGAGGGAUUAUGGAUAACAAUAUAGAAGAAAGGCUUCUUGGUUCAGAAGCAGAAGGCGAAAGAGAUUUGAGGGCAAAAAUUUGGGAAGAAUCAAAGAUGACAUGGAGGAUUGCAUUUCCUUCUAUAUUGUUUAGGGUAACAUCAUUUGGAACCCUGGUUGUGACACAAGUAUUUAUUGGUCGUAUUAGUCAGCUUGAUCUCGCGGCAUAUGCACUUGUACAAACCAUCCUUAUACGCUUUGUAAAUGGGAUAUUGGUGGGCAUGUCUAGUGCAACCGAAACUCUUUGUGGCCAAGCAUUUGGAGCAAAGCAGUAUCAUAUGUUAGGAAUAUACUUGCAACGCUCAUGGAUUGUUGAUGCUACUACUGCAACAAUUUUGACUCCUCUCUUCAUCUUUUCAGCUCCCAUAUUCAAAUUACUUGGUCAGGAAGAGGACAUAGCUAUAGCUACUGAAAAUAUUUCUCUAUGGUUCCUUCCCUAUCUCUACUAUAUGGUUUUUAGCAGGAGCAUCCAAAUGUAUUUGCAAGCUCAGCUCAAGAACAUGAUUGUGGGAUGGCUAUCUACUUUCUCAUUUGUGCUUCAUGUGUUCUUGUCUUGGAUCUUUGUGAUUGUAUUAAAGUUUGAGAUUCCUGGAGCAAUGGUUGCAUUGAACAUAUCUAGUUGGUCAAUGGUCAUUGGAGCAUUUGUGUAUGUGUUUGGAGGUUGGUGCCCUAAAACAUGGAGAGGAUUCACUACUGUAGCCUUCACUGACCUAUUGCCUGUGGUAAAGCUCUCAAUAUCAUCUGGUGUGAUGCUUUGCUUACAGUUGUGGUAUUAUGCUAUUCUACUAUUAUUGGCUGGAUAUCUGAAAAAUGCAACAGUUUCCAUAUCUGCUUUCUCCAUUUGUCUCAAUAUCAAUACAUGGGAAAUGAUGUUAACCCUUGGCUUCCUGGGUGCCACUAGUGUGCGGGUAUCAAAUGAGCUGGGAAGAGGAAAUGCUAAAGCUGCAAAAUUUGCUAUUAAAUACAUCUUAUGUACUUCAAUUUGUAUUGGAGUAGUCUUCUGGAUUUUGUGUUUAGUCUUUGGUCAUGAUAUUGGAUAUUUGUUUACAAGCAAUGAAGAAGUUGCAGAAACUGUUUCAAGUCUCUCUGUCCUUCUCGCUUUCUCAAUCUUGCUUAAUAGUGUUCAACCUGUACUCUCAGGGGUGGCCAUAGGGGCUGGUUGGCAGAGCAAGGUUGCAUAUAUAAAUAUUGGUAGCUAUUAUAUCAUUGGGGUUCCAUUAGGAGUUUUGCUUGGCUAUGUGGCCCAUCUUUCAGUCAAGGGUAUGUGGAGUGGAAUGAUAUGUGGAGUGGUAGUGCAAGGAAUGUUGCUAACUUAUAUGAUAUGGAAAACCGAUUGGGAUGAGCAGGUUAGAAAAGCAUCACAACGUCUCAAUAGGUGGUUCUUGAAGCCUUCAGAGGAAUCUAAUGAAGGCCCCUCUCAAGCCUAAAAGGAGUGAAGAGGAAGAAAGAGAUUAAAUGACAAGAAGUUGCCUUAAAAACUGAUUGUUAUUCUCAACAUGCUCCCUCAAACUAGCGUGAGCGUGGACACCUAGUUUGCUUUUGAAUGCUUGGAAGGUAUCCUUGGCUAAUGGCUUUCUAAAGAUGUCAACGGGGAUGCAACAUACCAUGUGGUAAGAUUGCCCAUUACAACUUUUUUACCUUUCGAAAUGAUAGUUUAGCUCAAUGUGCUUUGAUCGCACAUGAAAGAUCAGGUUAACUGACAUAUGAAGUGCACUAAUGUUGUCAAAACAACUAUGGAGGUUGUACUAAUGUAACUCCAAUGUCACAAAGAAGGAAGGUUAGCCAUGUUAUUUUAGAUGUUGUGGUUGUAUUUCUUUAGAUGAAUGAAAGUAAAGUUGCUAAAAAAAAUGGGAAACUUUUGUUGACUA